AAAAGAAAAUGCUUUGAGAAAAAGUCAAGCCGCAGCCAAGCCCACAACCAAUUUGAUUCCUUCAUCCCUGGACUGAGUUUUUCAAGGUAUCGCCAACAGACUACAGGACACUGCAGCUAACAAAAUUACGGCCACCCACUCUUAUUAUUUAACACUUAAUCUGUACAGUGCUGUUGCUUAUCUUUUUUUAUUUGAUUCUGUUUAUGAACUUCUUUCACCAUUAUUAGUCACUAAUUGCCUUCCCUUAUUUGGCUUAAAAUAAGAUACUUAUAGGAAAGCUCAUGUGCUUUUUUGGUUUAGAUUCAUUUUUUGUAGGUGUUAGCUGCAGACCUCAAGUUUGCAGCUUGAAAAAUCUAGAGCUAACCCCAUGUGCGCAUCCUACCUGUUCGGUCAAUUGACUGAGUGAAGCAAAUAAAUUCCACGCUGUGGAAUUUUAAAGCACAAAAAAAUUGCAUGGCUUGCAGACCAUUCACACUCCAUUCCAACUAAUCACAAUCAUUGGCAUUCUGCCUGAGAGGCCAAGUUUUUAUAAAUGUCAAGCACUCUGUGUCUCUCUCUGUCACUCAUAUUUUUUUUAGUCUCUUUAGGUAAUUCAUUGCAGACCCAGAUAUAUUUUGGGAUCUGGGUUUUAUUGUUUAGUGCAUUGUAGAUAAAUUCCUUGGUAACCCAUAACUGUGUUGGGAUUUGUGCUUCUGGGUUUCAUUUGAGUUUGUUGUAAUUGAUCUAUUGUUGCAGUACCUUCACUGAAUGCUUUUUAAGUCUCUUUCUGCUUACAGCUUCUGAAUCUUAUGAUUUAGAGUUUUGUUGCUUUGUCUUUGUUAUUGCUUGACUGGUUAAGAAAUGGGUGACCACUCUCCAUUUGCAUUUCUUUGCAUUUUGCUCCUUUUCUUUGGAGCUUGUUUUGCUUCGAUUCAAGAUCAAGUGAGGGAUAGAAUCACAAAUUUGCCAGGACAGCCAAAUGUGGGGUUUGCGCAGUACUCUGGUUAUGUGACUGUGAAUAAGAAAGCUGGUAGAGCAUUAUUUUACUGGUUGAUUGAAUCCCCAAAAAACCGUGGACCUGAGUCUAGACCGCUGGUGUUGUGGCUCAAUGGUGGUCCAGGUUGUUCUUCUGUUGCUUAUGGAGCAGCUGAAGAGAUUGGACCGUUUCGCAUUAGACCUGAUGGGAAGGCCCUUUACUUGAAUCCCUAUGCUUGGAACAAUUUGGCAAAUUUGCUGUUCCUUGAAUCUCCAGCUGGUGUUGGUUUUUCAUACUCGAAUACGACCACAGAUUUGUACACAACCGGAGACCAGAGAACAGCUGAAGAUGCAUAUGCAUUUCUAGUCAAUUGGUUUGAAAGGUUCCCACAGUACAAGCACCGAGAUUUCUACAUUGCUGGAGAAAGUUAUGCAGGUCACUAUGUUCCUCAGUUGUCUCAAUUGGUUUAUGAGAGAAACAAGGGAAUUCAGAAUCCAGUUAUAAAUUUUAAGGGAUUUUUGGUGGGAAAUGCUGUGACUGAUGAUUACCAUGAUUACGUUGGCACAUUUCAAUACUGGUGGACCCAUGGUUUAAUUUCUGAUUCUACCUAUCGGAUGCUACGAGUAACCUGUGACUUUGGAUCCUCUCAGCAUCCAUCAGUGGAAUGUAUGAGAGCCCUUAAAAUAGCAGAAGUGGAGCAGGGAAACAUUGAUCCAUACAGCAUUUUUACCCGUCCUUGCAAUAGCACUGAGACGCUGAAGCACAACUUGAGGGGUCAUUACCCAUGGAUGUCCAGAGCCUAUGAUCCCUGCACUGAGAGGUAUUCUGAAGUGUACUUCAACCAUCCAGAAGUUCAAAGGGCAUUCCAUGCCAAUGUAACUGGAAUUUCUUAUCCAUGGCAAACAUGCAGUGAUAUAGUUGGAACCUACUGGGCGGAUUCUCCACUGUCUAUGGUUCCUAUUUAUCGAGAGCUCAUUGCUGCUGGUCUUAGGAUAUGGGUAUACAGUGGAGACACUGAUGCAGUGGUUCCUGUGACUGCAACUCGCUACUCCAUAGAUGCCCUGAAGCUACCAACAAUUACCAACUGGUCCCCUUGGUAUGACAAUGGCAAGGUUGGUGGCUGGAACCAAAUAUACAAGGGGCUGACAUUUGUGACCGUGACCGGAGCUGGGCAUGAGGUUCCGCUCCAUCGACCUCGCCAGGCUUUUAUUGUUUUCAGAUCAUUUUUGGAGGGCAAGCCCAUGGCAAGUUAGAUUCAUUCCAUCUUAUUCAUGUACUCUUUGAUGAAUAAGCACAAACAUAUGGGAUUUGCAGCAAUUGUUCAUACACAGAAGCUGGGAAAAGCAAAAUAAGACAAGCAUUCCUCUCGAGUGCCCUCUUGCCCCCACCAAGCAGCGCCAUUUUAUAGUUUUAUUCAUUUAGCUGUUGCUCUCUGGAUAUAGCAUCCAUGAGAAGAAAAAUUACUGAAUAGUUAGAGUGAAAAAUUGGAAUUCUUCUAUACACAUAUAUUAUAUGUCUAUGUGGAUUCUUGAUUGAAGAAAUAUAUUCUUUAUUAUUGGUAUUUGAUUUA